AUGACCCAAUCAGAGGGCGCAGCCGUCAAAGAAAGGAAGAGAAGCCGGAGCAGGCACCAGAAUGGCCACCACAGCGCUUCAAGCGACGGGAGUGAAGCCGAGACCGCGAGCCAGUCAAGCAAGCGAAGCAGCAGGAAGCGCAAGGGCGACGACGAUGCCAAAGUCAACGGCAACCACUCCAAGAAGCAGCGCCGCCCAAGCCUGAGCCAGCCUGCGCGCGAUCCCCGUGAUACCACCACAUCCAAGUCCAAGAAGAAGUCGUCCAAGCCCAAAUCCGAGGGCGUCGUAACGAGGUCACCGAGCCCGGUGAUCGACUUUGACGGCCUGAGUCGCCCGAGCCUCGGAACCCGUGAACGUCUCGACGAGUCCCCCGAGCAGGCUGCCGUUCGUCUCGAAAAGAUGAAGGGCGCCGUCCGCACCAUCCUCGAAUGCGUCGGCGAAGACCCCGACCGCCCCGGCAUCCUCGACACCCCGAGACGCUACGCCGAGGCCAUGCUCUUCCUGACCCGCGGCUACCAGCAGAACGUCAAGGACAUUGUCAACAAUGCCAUCUUCCAAGAAGGCCACAACGAGAUGGUCAUUGUCAAGGACAUUGAGAUCUUUAGCAUGUGCGAGCACCACCUCGUUCCGUUUACCGGCAAGAUGCAUAUUGCCUACAUUCCCAAGAACCAGGUCAUUGGCCUGUCGAAGCUGCCCCGUAUUGCCGAAAUGUUCAGCAGACGUUUCCAGAUCCAGGAGCGCCUGACGAAGGAGGUUGCCUACGCCAUCAUGGAGAUUUUGAAGCCCCAGGGCGUCGCCGUUGUGAUGGAGUCCAGUCACUUGUGCAUGGUCAUGCGCGGCGUGCAGAAGACGACGGCUAGCACGAUAACUAGCUGCGUGCUCGGUGCCUUCGAGAAGAAGGAGAAGACCCGGAACGAGUUCCUCAGUCUGGUGGGGUUGAAGACAUAG